AUGUCAGAUUAUUCAUCACAAACAGUAGCUCAAUUAAAGGAAGUAUUGAAGGGAAGAGGAUUAAGUACAGAUGGGAAAAAGGCAGAUUUAGUAUCUAGAUUAAUAGAGUCAGAUAAUUCAAAUUCAACCAGCAUAGAGGAACCAAAAUUACAAGAUAGUACAACAACAAUAUCAACAUCAAUAGCGGAACCUAGUAAUCAAUCAACAACUACAUCUGCCACAGCAACCACAGAAUCCAAUCCGAAUUCAAAUGAAUCAACAUUAAAAGUAAUUCAACCCCAAGAAACAAAGGAAGAAACAAAAGAAGAACCUAAAAAAUUAACAGCAGAAGAAAGAAAAGAAUUAGCAAUAGAUUUAUUAAAGAAAAAAAUAUCAAGAGCUGAAAAAUUUGGUGAUGAAAAAGGAGCAGAAGAAGCUAAAAAGGAUUUAAAAAGAGUUGAAAAAUUUGGAGUUGAAUUAGGUACUUCAUUAGCAAGAGAAAUUGGAUUAGUUGAUAAAUCUUUAGGUAAUAAUAAUAAUGGUAAAUUUAAUAAUAAAAGUUAUAAUAAAUUUAAAGGUGGUAAAUUUAACAAGCAUCGUGGUUUUAAAAAUAGAAAAUAA